UAGCCCUGGAAGAGGAGAAAACACUUGAGGAGUGCUGUGUGCAGCCAAUCGUCAUUACAACCCCGCAAGACUUCACGGCUGGGAGGGAGGACUAGGGCAACAAAACAUGGCGAGAUAACAAGUUGGGCUGUUAGCUGCAGUUUUGCAGUCGUGGAAUAACAUUUGAAGUUCCUGAGAUUUUCGGAUAUCGCAGGUCGAAAGCAUCGCGUAUUUUUUUUCCCAACAGCCGAGGGCCCCAACCGACAAGCUGCACGACUGUUGGCGAGAAUCAGUGCCUGUGUUUUUACCCGGAAGGUUGGCAGUGCUAGGCGCGACUGUCAACACAGAAAAUGGAUGAAGAAGGAAAGUUUAUUCUGGAAAAAGACUGAUUAGCUUGCUAGCUCGGCUUAGGUUAGCUAUCUGGUUAACGUUAGAUUAGAUCGACCGCUCGCACCUGACUCGCCGUUUUAAUUAGCGUGCGCUCUGUUCGUAUUUGGGGAAUAAAACGUUACAAGUUAAUGCUGUUGAUAAGUUUGACAACUGUAAUCACAUCGAAACGUAGCGCUAAACGAAGGUGUUUUUGUUCAUUUUCUCAUUUGUGCUUCGGUGGAAAGCAAGAGGAAACAUUGAGAAGGUUAAUAAUGACAGGCUGACAGUCGGUUCUGGUGCGGUGUGAAACGGACCGGGCGCCAUCACAUCAGACGUUGCGUUCUCGCAUAAAAAAAAAAAAACAACCAUUGCCUUGCUCGGCGGUAACUGUUGUUGGACUUUAUCAAUAUCACAGGGAUUGUGAUGGUGUCGGACAUUUUAGUUCUUCGUGUAGCGGUCGCCACCGUGUCCGAGCUGGGAUUUGUCAUGCAGCAGUAAAGACGCGGCGUCUUGUCAAAAUGAACGCAGCAAGGUGUUCAACAACAUUGGAGGUGCAUUACAUUGAAAUCCUGCCAGUUGUUGGAAAGCGUACGAUGGCCGGCUAGCGGGGACGGUAAACCAGUUGUUAAAAAAGGUUGUCAUUUUUAAAGCUGGAUUUGUGCUGAACAAAUACCGCUGGUGGCUUUUCUGUAAAAGACAACUGCGGAUAAACAUUAUAGCUCUCGGCCAGAGUUGACGUGAGCUAACCAGCUGGGUGCGUCUGUGGCAGCUCUGUAUCUGCGAUGUGUUUGCUAAUCUAACGUGAAGUGCUACGGCGUCGUUCUGCAACAGUUUCAGCAUUUUGGACAGCCCGUCUGCUCGGUUUCCCUCACAAAUAAGCGUAUUUGAGCUCGCUUACACGGCCAUUUAAAUCCCCGAAAGUACGUUUUGCAAUUAUCUGGCUAACUUGUUAGCUAGCGUUACAAGUUUCGCCUGCAAUGUCUGAAAACGCCCCCACACGGAGCCUGGAUGACAUAGACCUCGCCGCUCUGAGGGAUCCAGCAGGAAUCUUCGAGCUGGUCGAGGUCGUUGGCAAUGGGACCUAUGGCCAGGUGUACAAGGGCCGUCACGUGAAGACAGGCCAGCUGGCUGCCAUCAAGGUCAUGGACGUCACAGAGGAGGAAGAGGAGGAGAUCAAAGCUGAGAUCAACAUGCUGAAAAAAUACAGCCACCACCGCAACAUAGCCACAUACUACGGUGCCUUUGUCAAGAAGAGUCCACCAGGACACGAUGACCAACUCUGGCUUGUGAUGGAGUUCUGCGGGGCUGGAUCAGUCACCGACCUGGUGAAAAACACUAAGGGCAGCUCUUUGAAGGAGGACUGGAUCGCUUACAUCUGCAGAGAGAUCCUGAGGGGCCUCUCCCACCUCCACACCCAUAAGGUCAUCCACAGAGACAUCAAGGGUCAGAAUGUGCUGCUAACAGAGAAUGCAGAAGUCAAACUGGUGGAUUUUGGAGUGAGUGCUCAGUUGGACAGGACUGUGGGCCGUAGGAAUACCUUUAUUGGCACGCCCUACUGGAUGGCGCCUGAGGUCAUAGCCUGUGAUGAGAACCCGGACUCCACCUACGACUACAGGAGUGAUAUCUGGUCUUUGGGGAUUACAGCCAUUGAGAUGGCCGAGGGAGCCCCCCCUCUGUGUGACAUGCAUCCUAUGAGAGCCCUUUUCCUCAUUCCCAGGAAUCCCCCUCCUAAACUCAAAUCAAAAAAAUGGUCCAAGAAAUUCAUUGACUUUAUAGAGGGCUGUCUAGUCAAGACAUAUCCCAGUCGGCCAUCAACAGAGCAGCUCCUCAAGCACUCCUUCAUCAGAGACCAGCCCACUGAGCGCCAGGUCCGAAUCCAGCUCAAAGACCACAUUGACCGCACACGCAAGAAAAGGGGAGAGAAAGAAGAGACCGAGUAUGAAUACAGUGGUAGUGAUGAGGAGGAUGAAAAUCGUGGAGAUGAGAGGGAGUCAAGCUCAAUCCUCAAUGUACCUGGUGAGUCCACCCUGAGGCGGGACUUCAAGCGUCUGCAGCAGGAGAAUAAAGAGCGCUCGGAGGCUCACAAGAGGCAGCAGGCCCAGCUGGCUGCUCAGCGCAGGGACCCUGAAGAACACAAGAGGCAGCUGUUGCACGAUAGACAGAAACGCAUUGAAGAGCAGAAAGAACAGCGACGCCGUCUUGAAGAGCAACAGAGAAAAGAGCGAGAGAUGGUGAGGCAGCAAGAAAAAGGUCCCCAUCGGAGACUCGAUGAUAUGAGAAGAGAGGAGGAUAGAAGGUUGGCUGAGAGGGAACAGGAGUUUAUCAGACAUAAGUUAGAAGAAGAGCAGCGGCAGUUAGAAAUCCUCCAGCAGCAGCUUCUUCAGGAGCAGGCACUGCUCAUGGAGUAUAAGCGUAAGCAGUUGGAGGAGCAGCGUCAGUCAGAGCGGCUGCAGAGGCAGCUGCAGCAGGAGCAUGCCUACCUGGUGUCUCUGCAACAACAGCAGCAAGACAAGAAGCCCCAGCUCUACCACUAUAACAAAAACCUGGAGCCAAACAACAAGCCUGCCUGGGCCCGUGAGGUGGAGGAGCGCAGCAAGCUCAAUAGACAGGGCUCACCCAAAAUCUGCACCACUGUCUCUGACACUGCCAUCCAGUCACGCUCUGACUCUAUUAGCCAAUCAGGAGCUGUUCAGUCUGCUCAGACCCCGCCAAUGCAGCGGCCCGUUGAACCCCAAGGGGGGCAGGGCAAGUUCCAGAUGGCUCACUUGGUUCCCUUGAAGCCUUAUGCUGCCCCUGUCCCACGUUCCCAGUCCCUCUGUGACCAGCCCACUAAGACCAUGUCCGCCUUCCCUACCCAGGAUCCCUCCCUUACCCCCUCACCCCGCCCCAUCCACUCCAGAGAGUUGGUGCGUCAAAACUCUGACCCCACCUCUGAGAACCCUGCACCACAGGGACACCCAAUUAGAGAUGACCGCGGUCCCUGGAUCCGCCUGCCAGAUGUGGAGUUGCCACCCAAGAUCCCCCAGAGGACAGCAUCCAUCGCCACAGCCCUCAACACCAACCUUACUUCUGGCAUUAGGCAUCCAGUGAGAGCCAGUAAUCCAGAUCUCAGCCGCAAUGACCGCUGGGAGAGAGGAGACAGUAUGAGCAUUGUAUCCAACCUGCCUCAGACUGGCUCUUUAGAGAGGCACCGCAUCCUUAGUUCCUCUAAAAUGGAUUCACCCAUUCUGUCCCAUGAUGGGCGUCACAAGCCUGGCGAGUCUCGCACCUCUUCCCGCCCAGGUCGCCCUGCUAGUUACAAGAGAGCUAUAGGAGAGGACCAUGGCCUCUAUGCCAAGGAGCGAGCUGAGGAGCAGCCAAGGCCCCCAGUCAAAGCCAAUGAUUAUUCCUCCUCUUCAGACAGCAGUGAGAGUAGUGAGGAGAGCGAGAGCGGCGAGGGAGCAGAGGAGGAAGAGAGCCCCACAGAUCGUCACAGGGAUGCAGACAGUGACUCGGUCAACACUAUGGUGGUUCAUGAGGAAGAGGGUGAAGGAGGAGAAGGGGAGCAAGCGGGAGGCUAUGGGGAUCAGACCAUGCUGGUGCAGAGGACACCAGAGAAGCGGAGUCAUAACGGAUACACUAACUUGCCAGAUGUGGUGCAGCCCUCCCACUCACCCACUGAUUCAGCCACUCACUCUUCCCCUGGGAAAGACUCUGUGUAUGAUUAUCAGUCCAGAGGUUUGGUCAAGGCAUCUGGCAAGUCCUCCUUCACCACCUUCGUAGAUCUGGGCAUGUACCAGUCACCAGGGGGUACGGGGGAUAACAUGUCUGUCACUGGCAUGGGCUCCAGGUUUGAGCAGCUGAAGAUGGAGGUAAGGAAAGGGUCCAUGGUGAAUGUCAACCCCACCAACACGCGCCCUCCCAACGACACACCUGAGAUUCGCAAGUACAAGAAGAGGUUCAACUCUGAGAUCCUGUGCGCUGCUCUCUGGGGUGUGAACCUGCUGGUGGGCACAGAGAAUGGUUUGAAGCUGCUGGACCGUAGUGGUCAGGGCAAGGUCUACCCCCUCAUCAACUCCCGCAGGUUCCAACAGAUGGACGUCCUGGAGGGCCUCAACCUGCUCAUCACUAUAUCAGGCAAAAAGAACAAGGUACGUGUCUACUACCUGGCCUGGCUGAGGAACAAGAUCCUGCACAAUGACCCUGAGGUAGAGAAGAAGCAGGGCUGGACGACUGUAGGGGAGAUGGAGGGCUGUGUGCACUACAAAGUUGUGAAAUAUGAGAGGAUAAAGUUCCUGGUGAUUGCUAUGAAGAAUGCAGUGGAAGUGUAUGCUUGGGCGCCCAAGCCUUAUCACAAAUUCAUGGCCUUCAAGUCUUUUGGAGACCUCCCUCACCGGCCCCUCCUGGUUGACCUGACAGUGGAGGAGGGUCAGAGGUUGAAGGUUAUCUACGGCUCCAGUGCUGGUUUCCAUGCCAUCGACGUGGACUCUGGAAACAACUAUGACAUAUAUAUCCCAGUUCAUAUCCAGAGCCAGGUGACGCCACAUGCAAUUGUGUUCCUGCCCAGUUCAGAUGGCAUGGAGAUGCUGCUGUGCUAUGAGGAUGAGGGGGUCUAUGUCAACACCUACGGGCGCAUUAUCAAGGAUGUGGUGCUGCAGUGGGGGGAGAUGCCCACCUCUGUCGCCCAUAUUUGCUCCAAUCAGAUCAUGGGCUGGGGAGAAAAGGCCAUUGAAAUCCGUUCAGUGGAAACAGGCCACCUGGACGGUGUCUUCAUGCAUAAAAGAGCUCAGAGGCUUAAGUUCCUUUGUGAGAGGAAUGACAAGGUGUUCUUUGCGUCAGUGCGGUCCGGAGGCAGCAGCCAGGUGUACUUCAUGACCUUGAACAGAAACUGCAUCAUGAACUGGUGAAAGAACAGCUGCUCCAGUCGGUGUGUGGAACCCACCAGGGUUUGGAAAAUGCAUCCAAUAUCUGGCACCUGUACGCACACAAAUGCGCACAUCUCUUCUUUCUCUCUGCCUGCCUCUCUCACUCACUCCAAACACAUAACAAACUCUAAACCCAUUCCAGCCUAAACUCCCUAAGACAAAGUCCAUCAUAUGACUCCUACAGAGUCCCCCUGAUAACAUUCUCCCUGGAAGCAUCGCAAAAAAAUCACCGAUGAGCUUCAAAUGUUAACACAUCAGUUCAGUUGUACUGUAUAUACUCUUGUUUUGAUUUACUUUACUCAGUGGACCUGUGUUCAGUUGUAACUAUUUAGUUGCUAAUUGUGGAGUAUGUUAAACAUUCCUUGGUGGUUGUACAUUUUGAGGAAGGCAUUAUUAAUCAAAAUGUGAGAUGGAGCUGUAAAUAGAUAGCAUCUGAAAAUUUAGAUUUGAAUCAUUUGCAAGCCUCUUUAUAUAGCCUCCAUUCCAUGUGUUGGGAUCAGACACAUGGACGUGAAAUAAUAAAAUGCUGGUGCACCCGUCUGCAGUGGUUCCUGGGCCCUCGCUGGAUUGGGGCGCCAAAGAUUUCAGGGGGGCAUGAGGAGGAGGAUUUGAUACAAAAGAUUUACCAAGAGAGACAUCAAAGUUGUGACAAAAGUAGCCUACAGUAAUCCAGUCGCUCUUAGUUAGCUAUAGCAAACUGAUAGUAACAUUAAAUCCUGCUUUCUCUGAUGUUUUCUAGCCUGAAUGGCAAACAAUGUAUGUUGCAACACUUCAUCAUUUGCAACUAAGCCUUGAAUGUUCCAACACCAAGAUAUAAUUCAGUUGAAAAUUAAUAAGUAAUUCACAAACUAAUGAGAAGUUUCACAAAUGUGUCCAGUACUGUAAGCACAGAAAUCAGUACUGUGACAUUUCUUGCUUUGCCUCAAUGUAUUUUCUUUACUCAUGGUUUGGGUGAAACCAUUUAUUAUUUCGAUCAUUUGGCUUGUAUCUAAACUUUUAUGUUUUCAUAGAUUUACAAAAUAUCUACAACGAUUUGAUAUUUAUAUGUAGUGUUUCUGUAUUGGUAUUAGCCUACUGGUAUUCAUAAUUUUACUCUACUGUAAUUAUAUUGCCAUUAUAUUGCAAUAUAUGCUAUUCUUGUGGAGUCUUUGUUUGAAGAGGGGAGUUCAUAUAUUUAGUUUUACAAAAUGUAGUAGUGGUAGGGAGCAUGAUGACAUUACAACUUUGGAGGAGAAAGAGGUGAUGUGACAUUUGAUUUUAUAUGGAAAAGUAAAGGAGAAUGUGGGAGAGAUUUGGAGGGAGGAUGUCACUGAGAUCGUUGAGAUUCGAGGCAGUUAAUUUACAGGAUCUUUCCACUCUCCUUCUACAGUGAUCUACUCUACUGUACUGUAUUUCAGUUCUUACAGAUACUUUCAUUGGUGUGAAUUUGUGUGUGAGAAAGCGUUUGUCCAUGGGAUUGCAGUAGAUCAGCUCUUAGUGUGAUUAUCAGUAGUAUUUGUCUUAGUCAGUGUGAAGACCUAAUUUUGUAGUGGCUCUGCAAUACCACAACAGAGGAGAGGACUCCAUCUCAUUAGGCACUUUGGAGAAUACAAACACAUGAGACUUAAUAUAUUUUAUAUCUAUACUUCUGCCAAAGUUAAUUUUAUUGUCUAUAAUGCGGACAUGACAUAGUCUUGAGGCCAAAGGGAAAAAAAGCUUAAAUGGAGACUACAGGGAUUUGAAAAUCUAUCCUACAGAUCACAAAGCAAUGUAAUUCUUUCAGCAAUUUUUUUUUUUUGUCUUUGGCAUUUCUGCUUCAUUAGGUGCAUGGGAGUUCCUGUAUAAAAACCAGUUUCUGUGUUGGUUCGUUUGUUGUUUUGCUUGUUUGUGCAUUACAUUAUGCUUUUUGCAGUGCACAUUGCUUAGGAGCAGUACAAUACCCUAUGUGCUCCUCAGUCCUUUGUAAGGGACACACUGUGUGCACUGGCACACCAGGCAGAAUGGGACAAGUUACACAGGCAUUAACCCAGUAUUUGGUGUUUUUCUAACUGUUGAGACUAAGACAACACACAAAUUUGGACAUUUUGUUCAGUAGUUGUCUUAGUUCCAACAGCACUUCGCUGCUAAUGGGUAGAGUUUUUAAAAUCAGUAUAGCUGACAUCAAACCAGCUAAACCUAGUUUUACUUUAUUCAGUUAUAUGACACAGCCGCUCCACCUGAGCACCUAAAAAGACAAGGCUCUUCCAUUAAAAAUGUUGUUCUGAAAUGGUGGUACGUAAUGUAAUCUUAGAAACAUGCUGAUAUAAAUGUUAACAGAACGACAUUGUAAAUUUCUCAAAUUCCCAGUGUGAAAUGUUAUUGGAUGUGGUGAAAAGAAUCUUGCUUAGUGAUCGAUAGGAUAGACUUCAAAAAAAAAUUCAGUCCCGCUUUUAGCUAAGGAUAGAUGUUGUAGUCUAACUAAAAAAAAUAAAAAAAACUACAGAACACAGCUUCAGAGAUAUGAUUAGGUUAGAAUAUCAACUGUAAAUGGGCAUGGAAAGCACUUUCACUUCAGUAAACAUACAUUUGCAAAUACUGUAUAUCACAAACAUUUGCUUUGUUGUGGAUUUCCCCUUCAGCGAAUGUCUUUUAAUUCCUAAAUACCUGCUAUGUGCCAUGACCUACAUUUCAAAUGUCACAGUAUCAGUCCACCAGGAGCUCUGGCAGUCAUGGUUUCAUGGUUAAGUCAUUAUUUUUUAAAACAACCUGCCGUGUUUACAGUUUAAGCAGUGCCUUGGAUUGGGAAAGGGAGAGGUUUUGACAGGUUGAGUACCCCCACCUCACUCGUCUCUUGCUUGGAGUCCCAUGAAGAAGAGGCGUGACUAGAAUUGCUCCCUUGCUCAGAAUGAUGUCCUGUGCCAAUUAAGUGCACUUAAUCAAAUCCAGAAUAUCUGCAAGAUGGACUUGAAAUUUUUUCGUGACACCACAUUAACAACACUAAAUGAAUAAGACAAACAGUCCAUUUAGAGAGGCGCAAUAACACAUAAGUUAGUGUCCAAUCAGUCAGUCCAAUGUGGCACGUAAAAUAGGAAAGAACAAAAAAGAUAGUGGGAGCCAACAUACAGAGAAAAGCCAUACGUAUGAAACAUGUCUGUUGAGAAUAAUUAGUAUUUGUGCACAGAUGAAGUAGAAGUCAGUCGGCCUGUGUGUGAUGUCUGCUCAGCCAGUUCUUUCAACAAAGAAAAGGUGAAUGCUUAUUCUUCAAUGAUGUUGAUUGUGUAACCUUAAGUGGGGAUAGUAGCUUAAUAUAUUCUGAAAAGACUAUUUUAUUAAAUGACAUGUAAAUUAGCCUAUACUGAGAAAUAAAAAUGAAUGUUAAUCUAUAAAGCAGAUUUGUAUUUAUAUAGAACAGUGUACCACUAUAUUAAUCAAAGCACAAUGUAUUUUAUGGCACAGAGAGCAAAGCUAUAAUUGAGUGUACCCAACAGAAAGACAGGGAAAAUGGAUUUUUUUUU